UAUGUGCACACUUUAAAUAAUCAUAAAAUAUCUGCAGCGACAGCUUUGAAAGAGACUCCUUGUUUUAAAGGAUUGGUGUGCAUAUGAAAUGAAAUCGUGAUUUACGCCGACAACAAAAACUCUUUUCUGUGAGUUUAUACCUCGUACACAUUACGUAAUAAUUCCACACCUUUAAGGCACUGACAUAAAAUACAGACACUGCGUUAAAAUGGAUUCUUACAAGAUAAAUUGUUUGUGCAGUCUGAAUAGUGGUACACUAUCUAGAUUAUGCACGGCAACCUGACAGAUCCAGAGGCAUCCAUAGGGGCAAUCUUCUUGCCAAGAAAUCUCUCUUAUACAGAAUCCAGCUAUCUUGAUUGUUACAGCGUUAGUAGUAAAUUUGUGUACAAUCCACGAGUCGACAAACAAUUACAUUAUGACAGAGAAAUAGCAGCAACUGAAUAUUUAUUGAGAAAAAUUGUGAGCAUAUCAGUGAGCAUGGAUGCUGAAACUGAUAUCGAUUUUGUUCCGAGUGUCUGCAACGGUGUUGAUGAACUGAAUAGGAAUCAAAAGUCGGAUUUAGACGACGACAGUGAAUUGUUUUUUGUAAAUGAAAUGGACGAUUUGAAUUCAUUGGAAUCUGCAACAGAAAACCUGAAUUUGAAUGAUGGUGGUAACGAUGCAAGGAUAUUAAGUCCAUUAUCGAAUGACCUUGCAGGGACAUCUCAAGGAUGCGAAGGCUCUUUAGGGGAAGCUCUGGUAAAGGCUAUGCAAUCUAGAGAACAUUCAAACAGGUUGAAAAAAUGUUCACCUCCUUCUUUCGUGUUCACGGAAGUCUCGGUAAUGACCACACAGGAUGUCAAUGACGUCGAUCCGGAUUUGGACGGGGAGGAUGAUACAGAAAACUCGUUGAAAAAAGAUCAGUCAUUCGGAUCUCAGAAAUCGCUUGACAGUCGUGUGUAUGAAGAAAGUGAAUUUAACAUUGACAGGUCAGAGUUGAGAAAAUCGUCAUCAUUAAAAGCUAAGAAGACUCCACCGGGUACACCCAGCCGAAAAAAGAUGGUCCGAUUUGCAGAUGCCCUGGGUCUGGACCUGGAAGACGUGAGACAUGUGCUUAACGCGGAAAACCCGCCAAAAAUACCAGCAUCAGCCAUGGCCGAUUUGAAAGUUGGUAUCGAAUCGGAUAGAAAAGAACUUGGCAAAAGAUUCCUGACACCUUGUUUUCAACAACCAGGUGCCUCCGAAAACUUUUUACAGAGGGUCAUUGCGCAAAAGGUUUGUCUAGAAAACGCAAUCAUUACAGACCUGACCAUCACGGGGGUUGUGAGAGUGGCCAAUAUAGGAUUUCACAAGAUAGUACGGGUAAGAUAUACAUACAGUAAGUGGUCGUCAUACCACGACAUUAUGGCUUCUUAUGUGCAGAAUUCCUGCGAUGGACCCACUGACAGGUUUUCAUUUAGCAUCUGCGCACCUGCUGAUUUUGGAGUGGGUUCGAAACUGGAAUUUGCCCUGUCCUACACGGUGGGAGACGUUGUAUAUUGGGACAAUAAUGAUGGAACUAAUUACGGUUUUGAGUGCUUUGCGAAAACUACGCCGACAGAAUCUAGGGAUUCAUGGUUGCAUUUCGUUUAAUGAUUACUUAAACUGGUGCUGUAUUUUGCUACUGUAAUUUUUUAAAAUUAAAAACUAGUUAAAGCAAUACACAUUUAUCUUAAUUCAAACAAAGCUUGAUAUUAUCAUUUUAUUGACGUGCAUUACAGAGGGGCUUUUACUAGAUGGAAAACAAACUAUUAAUAAUAAAAAAAAUAUUUUUGUUUUUUUCUCCCGGUGUGUCUUUAGAAUAGAGCAUAAUAAUGGUGCAUGCUGCAAAGUAUAACUUAGUAGUGGUGCAUGCAUGUGAUGCAGUUUUAUAAUAAUAUACUAUUUAUCUUUAGCCAAGCUAUCGCUUUCCUUUAAUAAACAACCCUAACGUUUGUCGUGUAGAUAGUUAAUGUCCUCAUGUCCUGACCCAACCUUGGAGGUUGGAGUUUGUUCAGCGGGCAUUAUGUCUGUGUUAUAAAUUAGUUUUAUUGUGCUUGCCAUUUCUAUACCCCCGUCAUUUCCUGCAUGUUGAUGUACAGUAUGCAAAUACUUUUAUCGAAUACGCUACGAGAGAUUAAAAAGAUACGAGGUUUUGUACAUUUAUUCGUCCAUGUGUAAUGUUUAUUCCCUCGUUCAGAACAUAUAUCCAAAUAGUGUUUGUAGAACUUGGAGAAGUCACGUCUACCUCUCACCUACACAUAAUUAACUAGAUUAAUUAAAACAUGCAAUUAAGGAAUGGCCCUGAUCCGAUUCCUCUCUUUUUGAUCGUAUAUUUAAAUCCAUUUGUUUGGCACCGAUUUCCAUCUGUUUGAAAUCCAUACGGUCUCCUACCGGGUCCAAGGCAGGUCUUUCACAUAGGUUAUUGUUCUGACUUAACAAACAAGUUGGCGCACUUAAUGUAAGAAGGACAGUGAUACCGUUGGUCUCUCUGGAUGCUUUAACACUUAUGACAAUCUCAAUCUUGCAGAAUUUGGCACAAAGUGACACCGAAAUAAAGACACCCCCCAACAAUAAAAAUCAACCUGAUGAGUUCAUAACAGUGUGUAGAAUCUUGUUUUAUGCAACAAGAGAGUUCUCGUGUUGUUUAUAUCUGUUUUAGCAUAUGGUACCUUUAAUGUUUGUAUUUAUUGAUGUUCAAUUAUUGUCUGAAAGACGUAAUCCUUUUAUCAUUCCCAGAGACAACUACAUUAACAAGAAAUGUUUUCAAAAAUCAAACUAUAAUCUUGUAAGAUUAUUGCAAGUGUCUGCAUUUAGUAAAUAGACAUACAUAUUUAUCUUUAUUUUACGUGAAUGAUAAUAUGAAGAAAAAAACAGCCCUUGUUCAGUUUGUUUUCCGUUUUACAGGGGAUAGUGCAUUUAUUUCUUGUUAUUUGUUAUGUUUGCAUUGUGUAUUAAAGAUUUAUCAUA